AUAGAACCUAUUAAGUGGCAAAAUUCAGGACAGAAAAUGGCGACGGCGGGGAGCCGGACCUCGUCCUCGUCGUCCGGAUCUGUAGAGCCGAAUAACGGCACAAACGUCGGAAGCGGACCUCAGGGAAGUGUGUCUACCCCAGGUCUCCCAAGUAGUCCCGGGAAGGCGAAGAGAAGCACCGGGGAAAAUGCACAAUGGAGACGUAAAGAGCUGCGGAAAGUGAGAAGUGUGGAUCUUGAUAAACCCGAGGUGCUGCUCCUAUCUCCCGAGACCGGGACAGCUCCGAUAUCAGCGCAGCUGCAUUUCUUGUCUGUUUCCUCGCCCGGUGCCGUUCAGGCUACUUUGUUACAACAAACGCAUCAUAUUCAACAAAGCGACUCAUUAACUGGUGAUACUCUCUCUGAUAAAGCAAGCAAUAGUUUGUCUACUGCCGCUCAGGAAUUGUUGAAAACUUCUUUUAAAAACAGCAGCGACCAUCUCAACGCCGAUAAUGGUGCUACCGGAACUUCAGUGGAAGUGACUGCAAAACAGCACAUUUGCCGUGACAUGGACCCCAAGGACCCCAAGGACACGCUACGGGGGCUGCAGAAGAUGGAGGACCGGCCGGAGGAGCGCAUGAUCCGGGAGAAGCUCAAGGCCACCUGCAUGCCCACAUGGAAGCACGAGUGGCUGGAGAGGAGGAGCCGGAGAGGCCCAGUGGUGGUGAAGCCCAUCCCACUGCGGCCAGACGGGAGCGAGGCUGGCCAGGCCGGUGUAGAGGGGGGCCAGGCCUCAGCAGGCUCCUCCUCCCCCCAGAGCAGGGGCCGUCGCAGCCCCUCCCCAGGGCCGCCCUCCUCCUCGUCCUCGUCCUCCUCAACAUCAGCAUCAGCAUCAGCCUCCACCGCGUCCUCCUCAGCCAAUGGCAAGCUCAGUGGAAAGCCCGACUCCCCUGGCGUGCGCCGGAAGAGAGCGUCCCCGGUGCCGUUCCAGAGCGGCCGAGUCACACCUCCUCGCAGGGCUCCUUCUCCAGAUGGCUUCUCUCCUUACAGCCCGGAGGAGACGAGUCGCCGGGUCAACAAGGUCAUGAGGGCCCGCCUCUACCUGCUGCAGCAAAUAGGACCCAACUCCUUCCUGAUUGGAGGAGACAGCCCUGACAACAAAUACAGAGUGUUCAUUGGUCCACAGACUUGCAGCUGCGGCCGAGGGGCGUUCUGCAUCCACGUCCUCUUCGUCAUGCUCCGAGUGUUCCAGCUGGAGCCGUCAGACGCCCUGCUCUGGAGGAAGACCCUGAAGAACUUUGAAGUGGAGAGCCUGUUCCAGAAGUACCAUAACCGCCGCAGCUCCCGGAUCAAGGCCCCCUCACGCAACACCAUCCAGAAGUUUGUCUCGCGCAUGUCCAACUCUCACACCUCCUGUCCCUCCAGUACCUCAGCCUCCAGCACCGAGAGCAGCGUGAAAGAUGAGGAGGAGCAGAUGUGUCCCAUCUGUCUGCUGGACAUGCUGGAUGAGGAGAGCCUGACCGUGUGUGAAGAGGGCUGCAGGAACAAGCUGCACCACCACUGCAUGUCUAUAUGGGCAGAGGAAUGCAGGCGGAACCAUGAAACUCUGAUCUGCCCUCUCUGUCGAGCCAAGUGGAAGUCCCAUGACUUUUACAGCCAUGACCCCUCCUCCUCCGUGGACGGAGCCUCCAGCCGCACCCAAAGCCAGUCCUCGUCGGGCCACGGCGACAGCCCGCGACCGGGCCAGCCGGAGGGAGACUUCACCCUGCCCCACUAUGGCGUGCAGCAGAUCCCGCAGACCUACAAGGAGCUGGCCGAGCCCUGGAUCAAGGUCUUCGGCAUGGAGCUGGUGGGCUGCCUCUUCUCGCGGAACUGGAACAUCCGAGAGAUGGCGCUGCGGCGGCUGUCGCAUGAUGUGAGCGGCGCUCUGCUGCUGGCCAACGGGGAGCGCUCGCUGGGCGGGGCCAGUGGAGGAGGAGCAGGAGGAGCAGGAGGAGCAGGAGGAGGAGCAGGAGGAGGAGCAGGAGGAGGAGCAGCAGCAGGAGCAGGAAGCUGUGGGGAGGUGUCCGGCGAGGUGGUGGCAGAGUCCUGUUGCAGUGUCCUCUCCAUGGUGUGCGCUGACCCCGUCUACAAGGUCUACGUGGCUGCACUGAAAACCCUGCGGGCCAUGCUGGUGUACACCCCCUGCCACUCCCUGGCCGAACGCAGCCGUCUGCAGCAGCUCCUCCGGCCCGUGGUGGAGACCAUCCUGGUCAAGUGUGCCGACGCCAACAGCCGUACCAGCCAGCUGUCAGUGUCCACCCUGCUGGAGCUGUGUAAGGGUCAGAUGGGCGAGCUGGCGGUGGGAAGAGAGAUCCUCAAAGCAGGGUCCAUAGGCAUCGGUGGUGUGGACUAUGUCCUGAACUGCAUCUUGGGCUCCCAGACGGAGUCGACCAACUGGCAGGCCCUGCUGGGGCGUCUGUGCCUGAUCGACCGCCUGCUGCUGGAGUUCCCUGCGGAGUUCUACCCGCACAUCGUGUCGGCCGGAGACUGCAACCAGUCACAGAACCUGGGAGAGAGAUACCAGAAGCUGCUCCCGCUGCUGAGCUUCGCGCUGCAGUCCAUCGACAACUCCCACUCCAUGGUGGGCAAGCUGUCCCGCCGCGUCUUCCUGAGCGCCGCCCGCAUGGUGGCCCGCGUGCCCCACGUCUUCCUCAAGCUCCUGGACAUGCUCAGCGCCACCAGCUCCACCCACUACGCCCGCAUGCGCCGCCGCCUGCUGGCCAUCGCCGAGGAGAUGGACAUCCUGGACGCCAUCCACCUGGGGCUGGAGGAGCUGCAUGUGGCCGAGAGCGGAGGAGGAGGAGGAGGAGGAGGAGGAGGAGGAGGAGGCGCGUGCGGGAUUGGCGCCGCCUCGGCGGCAGGAUGCGGAUCGCACUACGCCGACGGCCCGGCCGCCCCGCACAACUCGCCGAAUGUGACGGAGUGCAACUCGCCCGCCCACACGGUGCAGCUGUGCACCGGGAAGCACAGAGGACGGGCGCAGCAGCAGCAGCAGCAGCAGCAGCAGCAGCAGCAGCAGCAGCAGCAGCAGCAGGGAGGUGCAGCUAAGCUCUCCGGAGCCGCGGCGGGCCAAGAGGAGGUGCUGGCGGAGCGGCUGGCGGCCGUGUCGGCAGGAGGCCCCCCGGCGGAGUACCCAAAGCCCCCCGUGCAGGCCAGAGGUCGGCUGCAGAACCAGUGUCUCAACUCCCCGUCUCCCUCCACCCAGCCUCAGUCUCAACCUCAGUCUCAACCUCAGUCUCAUCCUCAGCCUCAGCCUCCCCCGCUCCUCUCCUCCCCCUCUGCCCCUCGCACGCCCGCCUUCCCCACAGACGCCUCGAGCCCCAAGACUGCCCACCGAGGCCCGCCAGGCUUUGUGCCCAGCAAGCUAGCAGCCGGCGCCUCACCCGGUGCCCAGCGCAAGUACCCGCUGCAGAAGGCACCAGUAGCGUGUGGUGGUGGUGGCGGCAGCAGCAGCAGCAGCGGUGGCGCCAACUGUAAAGACCCAGAGAAAGACCCGUCGGCCGUGUUCACCCAGUCGCGCCCCCUGCCCUCCAGCCAGAUCCACAGACCAAAGCCCUCUCGGCCGGCUCCCUCAGAGGCCGGCGGCAGCAAGCACGUCUGCCCUCUGGCGGGCAAAGGCGGCAUGAGGCUGGACCUGCAGGACUCCUCGUUGGCGGCCGCCGCCGCUGCCGCCGCCGCCACGUGCUCUGGAGCCGCCGAGUCCUCCUCCAGCCCCUCGGGUGCCGCCACGCUCAUCCCCAGCGAGGACACGGUCUUCACGCCGGUGGAGGACAAGUUCCGCGGGCUGGACGCCUCCGCCGAGCUCAACUCCAGCAUGGAGGAUCUGCUGGAGGGCACCAUCAUGCCCAGCGCUGGCGAGGGCACCGUCACCUUCCAGUCCGAGGUGGCCGUGCUGUCCCCGGGCGAGCAGGGGGGCACCGCGGGCGACUCUAGCGCCAGCAGCAGCAGUGGCGGCAGCACCACCACCCGGGGCACCUACACGGACGACGUGACCCAGCACCAGAAGUGCAAGGAGAAGAUGGAGGCAGAGGAAGAGGAGGCGCUGGCCAUCGUCAUGGCAAUGUCGGAGUCGCAGGACGCCCUUCCCAUCAUCCCCCAGCUGCAGGUGGACAAGGGAGAGGAUGUCAUCAUCAUCCAGGUGGAUACGCCCGAGACGCUGCCUGGGCUUACCAAAGCAAAGCAGCCCUACCGGAAGGACGAGUGGCUGAAGGGCCAGCAGAUCGGCCUGGGCGCGUUCUCCUCCUGCUACCAGGCUCAGGACGUGGGCACGGGCACGCUCAUGGCCGUCAAACAGGUGACGUACGUGCGCAACACCUCCUCGGAGCAGGAGGAGGUGGUGGAGGCGCUGCGCGAGGAGAUCCGCAUGAUGGCCCACCUCAACCACCCCAACAUCAUCCGCAUGCUGGGCGCCACCUGCGAGAAGAGCAACUACAACCUCUUCGUGGAGUGGAUGGCAGGUGGCUCCGUGUCGCACCUCCUGAACAAGUACGGGGCCUUCAAAGACGCCGUCAUCAUGAACUACACCGAGCAGCUGCUCCGGGGCCUGGCCUACCUCCACGAGAACCAGAUCAUCCACCGAGACAUCAAAGGUGCCAACCUGCUCAUUGACAGCACGGGGCAGCGGUUGCGGAUAGCGGACUUUGGUGCCGCUGCCAGGCUGGCGUCCAAGGGAACGGGCGCUGGGGAGUUCCAGGGCCAGCUGCUGGGCACCAUCGCCUUCAUGGCACCCGAGGUGCUGAGGGGCCAGCAGUACGGGCGCAGCUGUGACGUCUGGAGUGUGGGCUGUGCCAUCAUCGAGAUGUCCUGCGCCAAGCCACCCUGGAACGCUGAGAAGCACUCGAACCACCUGGCUCUCAUAUUCAAGAUUGCCAGCGCCACCACAGCACCCAGCAUCCCCCCUCACCUGUCCCCGGGGCUACGUGACGUGACGCUGCGCUGCCUGGAGCUCCAGCCGGCUGACCGCCCCCCCUCCAGGGAGUUGCUGAAGCACCCCAUGUUCCGCCUCAACUGGUAGCAUCCCCGUACCCC